CCUUGACAACGGGCGAAAAAGUAUUGUACGGUAGGAAAACAGCAGUUUGCUUUCCUGAGGUUUGUUUCAGAACAUUUGAUCGAUAUCCUUCCGUGGAAUACUCAAGACAGCUACAAAUAUGUCGGAGGGAGCAGUUACAAUUACAGAAGAAAUUGAAGAGCUUCGAAAGAAGAUGGCUCUGUUAGGUAGGAGUUUAUUGGCCACAUUUUAGGAAGACGUAAAGCUGCAAUAGGUUGACGCCAGUUUGUAAUAUCUAACCUGUUCAACUAUCUGAAGUUCGGAUGGGCUGUCGUACGAUCUUAACACCUAACCGAUUAUUUCUUCCACUCCUCACUGCAAGCGUGGAAGGUUUUGAUACUGUGUUUACUGAAUAUUUUACUCCUGUACAUAAGAUAUAUUCAAUAAUUAUCUAAGGUUGUUUUCCUUGCAGAUGGAGACAGGAAAGCCUAUUUCGAAAGUUCUCAAUGGACCAUGAAAAAGAAUAAAGAAACCAUCGCCAAACUUAGAGAGAAAAAUAAACAACUGCGAGCCGAUCUGGCGAAGAAGAAAGCAGUGAGUUCUCAUUCAUUUAAUUUAAUAAUUGAGUUAACUUACAUUUUAUUUUUGUUGUUGUUGUGGUUGUUGUUGUCCGUCUCAGCAUUUUGAUUCCUGUUUAAAGUGAACUCCAAACAGUGUUCUUAAAUGCCUGCUGAGCAUAGUGGGCCAGGGGGAAAUUAUGCACUUAUCAGCAGCCAUGAUCCUGGAGGUUAUAACCUUUGGGACUGCCCCCCCACCCCCUAGACAUAUUUUGCACAGCAAUAUUAAUAAUUCACCCAAUCCAAGAAUAAUAUUUCCCCACAAAAAGCUUCCAACAAACACCCCAAUGCUUGUGCUAACAGAUGAACCUCCAAGUUACCAAGUGUAGAGUUUAGUCAGCAAGUUAAAAUAUCGGUGGUUUCCAUUUGAUAGGUGAAACCUCAAUUCAUUACUUUACGGAAAGAACUGACUGUUGCUGUGUUUGGUGUUUCAGGGUGAUGAAAAAGUAAUAGAUGAGGCUUUCAAAGAGAGGGAUCCUCAGAGACAUUGUGCAAUGAGAGGCAUGUCAGGAAAGGUGGAUAAACAGCAUUUUUUCCUCUGUCUUUUUAUUUGUAGCUUGCAUGAUUACUAAACUGUGAUCCUGGAUUAUACACUUGUAGUUACAGCAGACAAGUCCAUUUACAACAGCUUUAUCAGGGCAGAAACUACCUAAACAGUAACUCAGCAUGAUUCACCCUUGAGGUGGAUUAAGCAUGACCAUGGAAUGUUUGCCAUCCACUCAGAUAAAAAGAUAUAUUUUGGCUGAAAUGUCUCAGUGUACUGACAGUUUAAGACGGAAUCCGUCCACCAGGAAAUUGAGCCUGAGAAAAUAAAUUUUAAAUUUCACAUGAAUUGAGAAAACACAGGUGAAAUUGUCAUGCAUAAGAUUUCAUUUUGUGAACUUUGAUUUGUACAGGAAACAGAUCAGCUUUGUUAUUUCCCAAUGUUAGACAAGAACAUAGUGUUAGAAUCCUCCAAAGUAUUAUAUACUCAUUAUGAAGAGAGUGCUAACUCAGGCUGAGGAUAACUGUAGCUGCUGUGCAUUAAAGAGUCUUGUGGAUCUGUGAACACCUUUUCAACUGUUAGAGGAAAAACAAAAAAGUACACAAGCAACAGUUGGCUUUGUCCCUUGUGAAACAAAGCCCUUACAUUAAUAUGGACACUUUCUAUGGCCCCUUUAGUGUUCAUAUUACUGGAUCACUUCCCGGGGGGGGGGUACUCGAUAUAUCCCUGGGUGGGGAGGUGCGGUGCGGCCCCUCAUACCCUGACCCUGUUUAAGACAAAUAUCGCUGAUUUUCCUACCCUGUUUAAGACAGAAUUCCGAUUUUUGAUACCCUGUUUAAGACAUUUAUCCUGUUUAAGACAAAAAUUGAUAAAUCGAUACCCUGAUUAAGACAAAAAAUGAUAAAUUCGAUACCCUGUUUAAGACAAAAAUCCUGAAAAACAUACCCUGGCUGGCCACACGUCCCCAUUAAGCCCUUAUAAGGGAGUAACCCCCCCGGGGGGUCAGUUCUUACCUGACCAAUGGGAAAUUAACACACUUGAUCUGCAGUUAAAUGUGAUGAUUUUCCAGGAGGAUUUUCUAAGAGUUAACGGUUUUCCUUUCUAGGCUGCCAUCAUUAAACUUGACCAGCAAGUAUGCGAGGCAGUGAAAAGGUUAAAUGCUUUGAGACACCAGAAGAACAGUCAUGAGAAGAAACUACAAGCUCUACAAACUGAGUAUAAUCAGCUGGUCACUGAGGCUGAAGAAGUGUCUAAUACUGAUGCCGGUGAAUCGGCUGAGGCACAAGUAAGAAGAAUUCAUUGGUGCAGUAUAUCUCCUUAAACUGCUACUUUAAAGACCUGGGCUUAUUCUUCUUCAUAAGAGGUUUUAGGAGCGCUUAUUGGCUUAUGUCCAAGAGGGCUUAUAAUCAGAAUAGAAAUUUCACAAAUUUCACAAGUUUUUGAUUUAACAUCCAAGGCCACUCCGCCCAAAAGUGGUAACUUUAAAACAAACAUUAACAAGACAAAACGAAAGCAGAUAAUAUAACAGAAGCACUGCCCACAGCUAGCAAGGCUAUUCAAGGCAGGACAGUGCGUGCAACAAAAGAAAUUAAGAUUAAGGCUACAUGUAACAAGAGUAAUCUACAGCACAUCCAAACCAGUACGCUAGCUCUCUGUACCAUUUCCAGGCUUUUGACUUGCAUAUAAAUGGGUAGGUGUUUUGUGAGUUGAAGUGUAAUUGAGAAAGGGUGUUUAAAAAGGCCUUUAACUAAAGUGUUUCAAACCAACGCACCUUAUGGGUGAAUCAAUUUCAUUUAUUGAACACUGCAAAUGACACAAAGACUUACUGUUAAGGUUAGAGUAAGGGCACCAUUUUUCAAUGGAAAGUAUACAAAAAGGUAUCUUUUCUGACCUCCUGGCAUUAGCCUCCCCAUGAUAUGUUGUUAAGUACAUGCAGCUAACCCCCCCCCCCUCCCCGGAUCGAAAUCAGAUAUGCUGGUUCCAUUUUUUCUUUACUAACUAUGCACUGAAGGACAGGUUUUGACCAAUACACUAAUGCAGUCAUAAAAGGAGUAAGUUAAAACAUGAGCGACCCGAUAAUGAAAAUUCUGUAAUUUAGAAGAUACAUGUAGUGUCUUAGAACAAUUUCCCAUGUACCAGAUGUACUACAUGACAAUAAUAAAGUGUGGCUGUACCCAUGAAUUGUAUACGUUAAGGUCAUUUAUCUCAAAACAAGAAAAUACCUACUCUCAAAUAUGUUUUUAUGUAAUUAUGUGAGCAUUGGUAUCUUCAUUUUAGAAACUAAGGUCCUUGGAGAACAGUUUGGACAAAAUGACGCUCAAGUGUAAUGAGGCAAAGAAAAUUAAGACAAUCUAUGAGGGUCUGCUGGAGCAGCUAAAAGAAGAGCGUCGAACUUGGCCCAAUCAGUUGAAUAAUCUGGAGAGAGCUAUUUGUGCCCAGAGAGAAGAACUUGGCGAGCUGAAUGCGAUGAAUCAUGAUGCUCAAAUUGCUCGCGAAGCUGCCAAGGCAGAGCUUACAAAACUGGAACAGUCUGUGUAUGAGAGGAAGAAAGAAAGAGAAAGGGAGUUAUCUCAGUACAAGAAACAAGCAGAGGAGAAGAAAGAUCACGCUGAAAAAGUCGAGAAACGGGUAAGGGCUGUUAAUAUUGCAUUUAGAAUAUUUUUUGUUGCUUGUUAUUAGAUGCUGCUUGUUCCUUUUUACUGCUUUCACUCAAGUACAGUCCAAGUUCUCCUUGCGACCACCCUUGUAAGCAGCCACUCAGAUCUCAUUCAUAUAAAUCAACACUUAAAUGAAACUGCGCACUGUGCUUGUGGUUCAUUGAUGAAGGCCUUGUACUGUUCAUUAUUGUAUAAUUUUUAAAAGUUCAAGGUCAUUCCGCUCACACUGACAGAAUUAUUAAUGAGCUUCUGAAGCCCUCGUAACUAACCCUAACCCUCACCGGAAUUCUGUAGAUGCCUCUGUCAAACAACCCAACCUCCCCGCCUCCACUAGCUUAAAUUUCGUCUUUUAAAAUUUUAUGAUUCUUCCCCAACUUCUGGCGUUUUAUUGACCUUGUUUUGACGUGAUGGUCUUCUUGUUUUUCUUCAGUUACAGAGAAGUUCCCUUCAGCAAGAGGAUCUUUCAGGUGAGAUGUGAAAGCAGAGCUAUCUUAAAUGAUUGUCUUAAGCAAAGAGUAUAAGACGUGACACCCGGCAGUUAAUCUUUCACCCUUUUUGAUUGUUCAAACAUCGACACCAAAAGUUGUGGACAACGACAAAGCGUACUCGUUUUAGAAGAGAACAAAAGAUUAUUCAAAAUAACCAAUUGUUAACUGCCAUUCUACAAAACCCAGCGUACCAGCGCUGCUAUAAUGCUGCCAAGUAAAACAUGGACGUGCCAAAAAAACGACGUAACAAAAAAAAGCACCCCUACACUUGGGCUGGUGUGGCCUUCGUUUUUGCAAUGGUGAUAGCCGUUGUGUUGCGUCCGAAAAUAACUCUACACCCUUCAUGGAUACGUAUUCGUCUUACGCCCCGUACAUCAGACAGUAGAACUCUUUGUCCUUCUGCAAAAGUGUUCCGCCAGCUCCUCCAGUUUUUCUCUUUAAAAAACGAUCAGGGUUUUAUGCGGCCUCUUUCGCAAAAGAAUUCGUAAGGGUCACCAUGUUUUAAGCGGAGCUCAGCUGUGGUCGGGCUUUCUGGAUUAGCUUGAAGGGCUUGUAUUCCGAACAAAUGAGACCACAUCAGACUUACAGCCAAAUGUCUUGCUAUGUGCAGGUGCUGAAACUAAAAAUAAGAACAAUUCUUGUCAUUUAUUUUGUGAAUAAGAAGCUUCAUCUGGAACUGCAAUUGUAUCCGCACAAAUAUUUUUAACAGAAUUUGUAAUGUUAUUUCUUUACAGUUGAACAAAAAGCAGUGCUGUCUGGAGAAGAACAAGAGCGCAAAAUAACAACUUAUGAGGAGGCCAUGAAUAAGAUCAAAGAUACGACAGGGGUAUCUGAUAUUAAAGAGGUUGUGCAGCGGUUCCUCUCACAAGGAGAAACACAAAAACACUUGGAGCAGCUAAAGACAAACAAUGAGAAGAUGCUUGCAAGACUUAAAGAAGAAAAGGUAUACAGCGACCACAAACUACUUUAACAAUUACCUUUGUAGCGGAACGUAAUCACGCCCCAAUUAAUCGUGAACCAGUCAUAUUCUUGAAGCAAAAACAUAUAGCUGGUUCUAUCGAUGGUUUUAAGCGCGGGAGUAGAAACGCGUGCGACUAGGUAGUACCACGUGAUGAUGAGCCUUAAUUCCGACUUGUGAAAAUAGCUCAAGAUUUUUCGGCAAGUUGUAAAGCCUAGGCCGAGAGAACAGCCGACAUGUCGCGAUGACACCGGUGGUUUUGCGCGAAAUGAGGUCUGAGAAAAGAGCGCAGAAAUUUCAUACUGAUGACGCAUCACAACUCAGAUCUGUGUAGUGCUUCUGAUUGGUUGAAAAUUUGCUUCAUCCAAUCAUUAGUACUACCCAGAUCUGGCUAGUGGCAUGUCAUGAGACGUCAUUUCGCGGGAAACCACGAGUGGCGUCACGAAUUGUCGGUUGUUUUCUCUGGCUAUGUAAAGCAUAGACUACAAGUAGUCCCCCAUUUUUCCUCAUGGAUAGUAGAGCGAGCGAAACGCGAGCGCGCGUGAAAAUCACGCCACCCGAGAAAAGGCGACAUGGGGUAAUUUUCACGCGCGCUCGCGUUUCGCUCGCUCUACUGUCCCUGAGGAAAAAUGGGGGACUGCUGGUAGUCUAUGUAAAGCGUAGCGCAAAACGUUGACUCUUUCUGAAAAGUAAGUGAUUUUUACACUUUACUGUUUUAGACAGCACAAUAAAGUAAGAUAUAAUAAAGUUGAUUUAAAAAACUUGCUGAUAUUAUAUUCCUAGGAUAAGCUAAGAAUGGAGUAUGAGGAGAUGAAGUAUUCUGGUGAAGCUAAGCUGUCAAGGUAAGAUAUAAAGACUCCAUGACUUUGCAGUUGGUCAAUAUCAGGAACACUGAUAUCAACAGAACUAAAAAGAAAAGGUCUACGUUUCAUACAGAUCUGGGAAAGACAGGGAAAAUGAAUCAUAUAAAGCUAUUUCAAUUUACGUUGUCGGAAAGCCUACAUAACAAUUUGGAUAAUUUUUUUUUUUUAUUUCCAAACUGAUUUUAACUCACGCGUGAGUUAAAAUCAGUUUGGAAAUUAUAAAAAUAAUAAUAAUAAUAGAGAAAUUUCCCAAAUUGUUAUGUAGGCUGCAAAAAAUGUUGACCAAAGUCGGUCAUCGCACUGUUAGGUCCGACUAAAACUUGCCUAUGUCUGACGAGCUUUUCUUAGGGCCAUUUAAACUAGGAAAAAUAAGACGCGUCCUAAAUAAGACGCAAACUGUCCCGUAUAAACUCACUGUACAACAUUCUAUGAGACUCAAAACCGCGGAGUUAUGAAAAAGGAUUUACAGCUACUCACAUUACCUUGGCGGUUUUCCGCACAGGAUUGAGGCUUACGGAUGCGGAAUUAAUCGAGAUAGCUGUAUACAUGAUGAUGAAGCUUCUUUUUUGUGUCCUUCUUUUACCGUUUUACUCUAAUUAGUACCUAGGCAUGUUAUUACAAAACGACGGUUGAAAGAAACCUAAGAGAGAAUUGAGAUUAAAUAGUUUGUAAACUUGUUUGCAUCUCAGUGGACAACGGAUGUUGGAGGAAUUUCAGCAGCGCCUGGCUCAAGAGGAAAAGAGGUAAGUUUGAAGAUUUCAUAGUUAUGUCAUCUCACUGGCAACAAAUAAAGGCCAAUUUUAUGUCCUAGCUAUCUUCUUUUCGUAAGAGGCAACUGAGGCAUCUUGGAUUCUCCUUUUCUAGCGUCAGUUCUAAAAAAUUAGAAAAGAAAAACUGGAGAGUGACUUGUUUGGUUUUUGUUUUUGUUGUUGAAAGUUUUUUUUUAAUUUAUAAGUUAUGUGACCUUAUUUAUCCCUAAACCCUGUUUAUUGCAACGGUAAUCGUUAGGAAGAAAUUUAUCCAGGUUCUGAUCGUCACCAUGAUAUUUCUAUAUGGCUUAUUCGUUUUUAGGAAUGCUGAAGCCAAGGAUCGUCAGGAAAGAGCCAAUAAAAUUCUUGUUAAUGUUAAAGCUGGAAUUGAACAUCUGGCAGAUAAAUUGCAGCAUCUUAAAGCGGUAAGAACUCUGUAAUAUAAAGAAACAAAAGGCCAGGAAAUUGUGAAAACAGACAUAUGCAUUCAAAAAACGUAGCAUAUUGGAUAACUGUGAUUGUGAAUGGCCUGUUCUCUCAGUCAGUUCUCUCCAAGAUGGACACCUUUUGGACCGGCACUAUGUGUUCUUUUUAGAGAGAUGUCUGAUCACCAAAAGAUGUAAGGAAAGGCAGAGACCAUCUCUAGGUGUCUGUUUAAGCGAGGUGUCCGUUAAGAAAGAGUUGACUGUAAUUCUUUUAGUAGUUAUUGUUAUCUGUUCAUACCGCACCCACCCGUUCUUCUAUCUGUCUCGCACAGCUCAUGUUUGCAGUCUUGAAACUUAUUUGAUUUCAAUUUUGUAUGAAAUUCUUUCGUUUAGAUGCGUACAUUUAAAUGACAGCUAUCAUUAAUAAUUUACUCUCGCAUCUCAUAACGCACUAGCUUGUUCAAAGACCCUCUUUUUUUCUAAUUUAGAGAUCGCCGACCGCGCGUAUGAAAAUAAAAAGCGCGAGGGAAUUUUCGAGGACUGCUAGCCCUCGUUGUCGCGCUCCGCGAUCGCUUUACUUGCGUGCUCGUCGAUUUUCGAAAAGAAAAAGGAAACAACGUCUAUGUACAGGCUACUAAAGUACUCUUAGCAUUAUUCCCAGUUAACUUGAAAUUGCACUUGCCUGUUAGCCUAAAGGUCACGUGCCACAGGCUCAGCUGUCUCCAACCUCGGAUGAGUAUAUUCUGGAUUUGCUGGGUACGUCUGAACAAAAGCUACUUAAACUUAUGGAUGAACUCGGAGGAAAAGAUAUCAAUGACGUCAUGAAAGAAAUGGAAGAUGCCGAGGUAGGAACUUACAACAUUCAAACUAUUCUGGAAAAUUUGCGCGAGAUUAAGGCUAAGCUAUAGAAGCCUUUAGAGCACGACUACAAGGACGAGGAUUUCUCUAUCAAGUGGUGCGCGCGCUUAAACCAGCGUCGUUUUGGUGGGAAAACGAGAUCGUCAUUCUACUACGAAUGUCGUAGUGGCAGUAGACUCCAGAACAGUCAGUUUUUUCUCAUGGCAUUUCGGUUUAGCAUGGCGUAAAGCCUGGUUCACACGUGGGACACAAAUGCAAAAGCAAGGAAAUACACGUGUGAACUACCUCAACGCAAAUGCAAACGCAAACGCAAGCGCUGGAGCAAGAAAUGGAAAAAUGUUCAUUUUCUUGCGCUUGCAUUUGCGCCUCACACAUGUUAACCGAGGCAAAGCAAAUGCAAUGCAAACGCAAGGAUAAAAACACACACUUUCUAUCGGUUCCAUAGCACUACGGCGCAAACAAGUUGAAAGCAAGAUGGCGUCUUCCAUUUUAGACGAGAAAUUGGCAGAGAGUGCAAGGAAAUAUCCGGUACUAUAUUAUAAACGUUGUGCAGAUAAAUUGAAGAAAACUCUUGCCUGAAAAGAUGUGGCAAGGGAAUUGGGACCAAAAACCGUAUAUUUUACUAUAGAACUAUAAACAUGCACCAAAGACACUCAGAUUUAAUAGAGAAAUGGAUUUCAAACUGUUUACAGUUGUAGUGUACAUUUUCUGUUACAUCGAAUAAGUAAGUCUUUUUUUAUAUGAAAACCACGAAAAGUAGACUUCACUCUCGUCCGCCACUUGGAAAAAACUUCGACUGUUCUUGACUGCGCCUGCGUAUCUUGCCUUUCUUGCGUUUGCGUUCGACGUAUGAACGUCGUUUGCAUUUGCGUCGCACCUGUGAAUCAGUCCUAAGAGCUUAGCAUAAAGGUGAUGUCACACGGGACGAUUCGCAACGACGAUUUUUAGCGCAACACAGCGUUGCAAUGUUGGAACAAUGUUGGAACCAUUCGAAACAAUGUCGCAACAAUGUUGCGACGCUGUGUUGCGCUAAACAUCGUAGUUGCGAAUCGUCUCGUGUAAAGAGUCAGUUAAGAGUCUCACGCUCGAGAAGCGGAAGCGCGCUAGCGGAAGAGGGCCUACGACAUGUAGACAUUUUAAGCAACAACAAUAUUCUGACUGUCCCCUUGGAAUCGAUAAAAUAACCCUGCUAACUUUUACGGUGAUAAAAGAAUUGAGAAUACUUUGAGAAAGCUUUACGUUAAGGUCGCCCUCGUCCUGGAAUCUAGAGGUCUCUAAUAAGAAAAUUCUUGAUGCCUCUUGGGAAGGUGCUGACACAUCUGAUUAGGGUGCGUUUGAUUUAUUCUAUUCGGAGUGGGGAUUUUGGACCACUUAAACACUACGUCCAACUUAAUAUUUUGUUUUAAGCAGAUUUUUUUACAUAUUGCAAAGCAGUCAGUGUUCACUUUUCAAAUAAUAAGAACUUUCGAACUUUGACCAAUGAAAGUGAAAACAGUAGCUUUAAAAUAGUUUCCUUAGCUUUUGCAAGUUUCUCUCAAAUGGCUGGCACUUUCUUAGGCUGUUCCCAAUCUCCCGCUUCUGCUUACAAAAAUGAAAAAUAGUGACUAUAGGCCGGACAUUUGUUUAUUCAUGCGAAUAGAACUAAGCCAAAUUACUUUGUAUUAUUUUGCAGUUCCGUGCAACAAUGGAAGGGAAGCUCCCACAACAUAACACUCGAAUUAAGCUGCCCAUGACUUCUGAUAGACUAGCUGUAUAUGACGGUAAGUAAAGAGGAGAGAAACUAGUAAAAGAACUCAUCUAAACACUAAUGACCUUUCUUAUAUUACUAAUAUUUGACAAAAGUGACCUCAAGGAGACCGAUAGAGAGAUAUGCUACCCAGUUUGGUUGUAACAGUUACUUUUGUUAGUAAUGAAUUUCUACUGUGCUUUAGGCAUUCAAUGACGGCAAAAUUGCAGGAAAAGAGGAUAUUUUGUACCUAAAGAUUAUAACACGAUGUUUGAUUAUCGUCCGGGAUUGCUAUAUUAGGAUUUUCGGACAAAUGUGAUAGUUCUUUGCGAAAUCUUUCCAUGAUUGAGUUGGAUACAGUGGAAGCUUUCAUUAGCAGACAUCUUCCGGACGCCAAAAAGGUGCCCGUACCUGGAGCUGGCCGCUUACGAGAAUGUACAAAUUAAGAAUUUGUAUGGGAGUGGACAAAAAUGGAGUUUUAUGAAUAAAGGUGGCCUUACAUAGAGCUCUCUGCUUACGAGAGUGUCCGUUGCGAGCUUCCACUGUAUAAAGUGUAAAGUUCUCUUUACAUAGUUUAUUAACCUGUGCCCAAAACUCUUACUUUGAAAACUCUUACUUUGGAACUGCUUACUUUUCUUGUGUUAAACAAAACGUUAAUCGAUCAUUUACAGUUUGUAUUAGCAAAGGAGCACCAUAUAUCUUGCUCAUUUUUCUAGUUAAUUGUGGUUUUCAGAUGAUGAAGAAAGCGGUGAAGAUGAAGACGUUCUGUCCAGGAACGCAAUUAAACGCUAUUCUCAGCAGAUCGUAGACUCUAAGACGAAAAAGAAAACUCGCAAGGGGAAGAAGAAGACAAAACAGUGAAAAAUGUACAUAGUUCUUUAUUGGAGGAAAUCGGUUUUAUUGUUACAGUAACUGUUAUUGCUAUAAUAUUCACCUGAUUUAUCACUUACUUUAUCACAUUGUGAACUUUAUACUGUAUGUUACCGUAGAAUCAAGUAAAGGUUAUACUGUCCCAGUUGUGUCUAUUCGUGCGAGUAUAUGGGUUUCUAACUUUUACAGUGAAGCCCCCCUUUUUAAAACCUCCACCUUUGAAGUAUGGAGUAUGGUUUUUUCUCUGAUUCACUAUGAAGUGCUUUGGAACUAUUAUUAAACGCUUAUUCAAGGACGUACCUCCCACAUUUGCCAGCUAAAGGCAGAACGUACGUUUUAUUUAGAAACCGAACUUUUGACAACAAAAAACUGUAUAAGAGCCAAUAGAGUGUACAAACAACUUCAAGGUACUGAGUGGUGGGGAAAUAUUCCCUUCUUUAAUCAGGCUCCCUAAGUACGAGAUACAUUACAGCGGUUUCUUGAAAGUGAAAACUGCACGCGGCACGAUUAUCGGGGGUCACGCCCCACGCGCUUGCAUUAGCAACUUCGCUAAAACACUACAGCGCAACGAAGUUGAUAAUUAAUCUCCAAGCUGCCCCUUUUAAACUCAUAACUACUGGACGUUUCUCAAUUUAAGUUACGCCUCUCCUG